AUGCCCCCGCCGCAGGCUUCGUACCUCUCCCGCACAUCCGACAAGGGCUACGACCCCGCCACGCUCUCAGACGACGAGCCAGACAGCGACAGCGGGUCGGUCACCUCGCGCUCGACAUGGACUUCUUCCGCCGCUGCUGGCGCUGGGGACGAGACGGCCAUCCUCGGGCUCGUUGAUGGGCUCAUACCCGAGGACAGGCUCGCUGAAGAGCUUGCGGAUUGGAAGAUCAGCAGGGUUGGGGGCUUACCCCCCAUGCCCCUCCUCCUCCAACUCUACUGCCCGCUCCCCUCCUCCACCCUCGAACGCGUCCUCUACGUCUUCUCCUGCCCGCGCCCACAGUGCAGGCGCAAAGAAGGAGCUGUGAGGGUUUGGCGCGCGAACGGGGUUUGGAGGGAGGGGAAGGUUGAGGAGGAACGGAGGGAGAGGGAAGAGAGGGAGAGGGAGGAGAGGAGGGAACGGGCGAAGAACCUGGAUUUGGGUGGACUCGUCUUUGCGUCGUCGUCGGGGGUCGAGGCGAACAAGUCUGCCAAUCCAUUCAACCCGUUCGCACCUCCAUCGUCCGCGUCGGCGUCGUCGAACCCGUUCGUCUUGCCCGCAUCGUCUUCUACCGCUUCCGCUACGGCUUCGACAGCACCAGCAAGCAACCCUUUCGCAUCCACCUCGAACCCCUUCGCCGCGCCCGCCCCUCCUCCCUCGCCCGCGCCAGCCGCAUCCUUUUCGACCACCUCUCCUCUCGCUCAAACAACCUCCUCCUGGUCCUCGUCCUCGCACUUGUCCUCGACGCUCCCUUCUCAUCCCGCUCAGUACCUCACAACGAUGUACGAGCCCCCAUCUUCCACCUCGACGUCAAAGGGGAAAGGAAAGGGCAAAGAGCGGGAACUGGCGAAAGCGCUGGAGGUGGGUUUGCGACUCGACGCGGAGGACCAUGGGAUGGAUUCCGACGACGACGACGAGGAGGGCGGUACGAGGCGCGCAGGAAAAGGUUCAGGAGGGAGGGUGAAGAAAGGUGCACCCGUCUCAGCAGGGGACAAACGCAAGACUGGCUCAGCGGCAGCAGGUGGUAGUGGGGGAGGAGGAGAGUGGCAGAAGGAAGGAUAUGAGGUGCAGAAAGUCAAGGGAGUCGAUGAGGUGUUCUUGAGGUUUCAGGAGCGGGUUGCAAGGGAGGGGAGACAGGUCGUUAGAUACGAAUACGGCGCCGAACCCCUCCCUUACACGGGUUCUUCCUCCGCCUACCGCAUGCUCUACCGGUCCUCCUCCUCAGACUCUCUGGGCCACUUCUCCCCCGCCCACCUCCCACCCUGUCUCUCCUGCCGCUCCCCAACAACCUUCGAAGCCCAACUCAUGCCUCACCUCGUCUCCCUCUGCCCGGAUCAGGACUGGGCGACUGUUUGGGUUGUUAGUUGUAGCCAAGAGUGUGGGGGAGGUGCUGGAGGUGAGCGAACGGAGGAAGGGGACAAUUGGAGGGAGGAGAGGGCGUUGGUUGAGUGGGAGGAGGAGGCGGUUUGA